UGGUGUAUCAACACGCUCAGUUUUAUUUUUAUCAUAAGUAGGUACACUCGCUGGGCAAAGGUACACAUUUAUGUUUAAAAAUCAGAGUUAUAACAACAAUUCAUAAAUUAAAGACUUAAAACUUAUACUAAGAUCUUUUGAUAAGCAAUUUUUGGGAAUUCAAAAUGCCUUACAACCACUACAUACCAAUCACCAAAGAGCGCUAUGACAUAUUGAUGGACCGUUACAAGGUAUUCCAGGACACAAUCCAUAUGGAUGAUGUGGAACCUAUCAAGGUGUUUGAACCCAUGACUCCGAAAAUAAUCGAGGAGAUUCUACUAAUUAGAGAAGUUAGUAUGGAGCUGCAGAAGAAGAAAGAAGAAGAUAUGAAAAAGACGCAAGGAGUAGAGAACAACCAAGUACCAGAAGGCACCAACCAAGCAGAAGAAACCAAAGAAAGUAAUUUGAAUGGGGCUGCUGAAAUACCUGCAGAAGCAUAACAUUAAUUGUAACAUGAAAAUGACUUGACAAUUUACUUAUGUUUUUAUAUUUAUUCAUUAAAUUAUCAUAAUGAUAAUCCAGUGAGAUAUUUUAUU